AUGGCUCCAGUCGUCCAACAACCAGCUCCAUCUUUCAAAAAAACCGCCGUCGUUGAUGGUGCUUUCGAAGAAGUCACUUUGGAACAAUACAAAGGUAAAUGGGUCGUUUUGGCUUUCAUCCCAUUAGCUUUUACUUUUGUCUGUCCAUCCGAAAUCAUUGCUUACUCUGAUGCUGUCAAGAAGUUUGCUGAAAAAGAUGCUCAAGUCUUGUUUGCUUCUACUGAUUCCGAAUACACCUGGUUGGCCUGGACCAAUGUCGCUAGAAAAGAUGGUGGUAUUGGUAAGGUU